GAGCUCUUCCAUUUUCCUCGCCUCGUCGUCGUCCUCGCGGCGCGCGUCACGUCACAUCCACAUCACGGCGUCACUCCACUCCACUCAGCGCCGGAGAGUGGCAAGGACAAGCGACUGUGCCGCGGCGUGACAGGCGACAGGCGCGCGUCAGGGUGUCCGCGGCUUGUCCAGGACGCACUAGUUCGCCAUGCAGGCCAUGCAGGACACGUUGGUGGUGGGCGUGGACGUGGGCACGGGCAGCGCGCGCGCCGCGCUCGUCUCGGCGUCGACGGGCCUUGUGCACAAGGUGGCCGUCAGGCCGACGCGGACCUGGACGCCCCGGCCCGAGUACUUCCAGCAGUCCGGGGACGACAUCUGGGCCGCGGUCUGCGCCACCGUGCAGGAGGUGACUCAAGGCAUUCCAGUGGACACUAUCAAAGGCAUCGGGUUUGACGCAACAUGUUCGCUUGUGGUUCUGGAUGAAAAUCACUUACCAGUUACAGUAAGCCCCCAAGGUGAAACUGAACAAAACAUAAUUCUCUGGAUGGAUCACAGAGCCAACGCUGAGGCUGCAUUCAUCAAUAGCACAAAUUCAGAGGUCCUGAAAUAUGUGGGGGGAAGCAUAUCACCUGAAAUGCAGACACCCAAAUUACUUUGGCUGAAAAAAAAUCUUCCGAAGACUUGGGAAAAGGCGCACCAUUUUAUGGAUUUGCCAGAUUUCCUCACAUGGAAAGCUAGUGGAUCCCAUUCACGAUCUCUGUGUUCUUUGGUGUGCAAAUGGACUUACCUCGCCAAUGAGAAGAGUAAAGAAGGCUGGAAUGCAGCCUAUUUCAAGAGCAUAGGGUUGGAAGAUCUCUUGAAAAAUAACGCAGCCAAAAUUGGGCAGGAAGUCCUUGAUCCUGGAACCCCUGUUGGAUCAGGACUCACUGAGAAUGCUGCUAAGGAGUUAGGGCUAAAACCAGGCACCAAAGUAGCAACAUCCAUCAUAGAUGCCCAUGCAGGAGGUGUGGGACUCAUGGGCUGCAAUGCUGAAAACAUUAGCAAGGACUUUUCAUCAAAAUUGGCACUCAUUUGUGGUACAUCCACAUGUCACAUGGCUCUAUCAAGAGAGAUCCAUUUUGUCGAUGGCCUGUGGGGUCCUUACUGGAGUGCCAUGGUACCAAAUCUGUGGCUUACAGAGGGUGGCCAAACUUGUACUGGACAUCUUGUUGACCACAUUAUAAACACACACCCAGCAUUCCCAGCAGCAAAGGAAAAGUUGGCUCCUAAAGAACACAUUCAGCAAUACCUCAAUAGAAUACUUCAGGAAAUGGCAGACAAAAAUGGCGUAGCCAGUGCAUCGUUUUUGACAAAGAACCUGCACAUGUGGCCUGACUUCCACGGCAAUCGGUCUCCUCUUGCCGACCCUUCCUUGCUUGGAAUGCUAUCUGGCCUCAGUCUGGCAAAGGAUGAAGAAAGUUUGGCUUUACUUUAUCUCAGCACUCUCCAAGCCUUAGCAUAUGGCACAAAACAAAUUAUGAAUGCUCUUUAUGAGAAAGGCAUAACCAAUAUUGAAAGUGUUCUGCUCUGUGGAGGAUUAAGCAGAAACCCAAUGUUUGUCCAAGUCCAUGCCGAUGUACUUGGCCUCCCUGUUCUCUGUGCCAAAGAGCCAGAGUCAGUGCUACUAGGGUCUGCUAUGUUAGCUGCAUAUGCUGCAGGUGUUUAUUUCACUGUUGGAGAGGCAAUGAUUUCAAUGGGUGGUUCUGCUGAUGUUGUGACACCUAAUAAGCAAGUUGUCGAAUCAAGGUUUCAUGAUAAAAAGUUUAAGAUAUUCUUGAAAAUGGUUCAACAUCAAAGGGAGUACAAGAGUAUCAUGGAUUCUUAGACAAACAUUGCAUUCCACCAAAUAUUCCCUUUUGGUAUGAACAUCCAACUUAACAAAUAAAAGUACCAAGGAUA